GGCGUGCGGCGGGCUCCGAAGCCGGAUGCAAGCCGGGCGGAAGCAACCCGAGCGGGCUGGGCGGCGGGAGCGCGGGCUGGGCUUUUAAAGGGACCAGCUCCGCCCGGGCCCAUUCGGCGACGGGACCGGCUGAUGCAUUCUGCCAUCUCCCUACCCAUCCGGGCGCCCAGCCAUGGCCAGACCACCUGCCCCGGGCUCGGUGAUUGUUCCAGACUGGCAUGAGAGCGCAGAGGGCAAGCAGUACCUGGCCUGCAUCCUCCGCAAGAACCGCAGACGGGUGUUUGGGCUGCUGGAGCGACCAGUGCUGCCCCCACCUGUAGCCAUUGACACAGCCAGCUACAAGAUCUUCGUGUCUGGGAAGAGUGGCGUGGGCAAGACGGCCCUGGUGGCCAAGCUGGCUGGCCUAGAGGUACCCGUGGUACACCAUGAGACCACUGGCAUCCAGACCACCGUGGUAUUUUGGCCAGCCAAGCUGCAGGCCAGCGACCGUGUUGUCAUGUUCCGCUUUGAGUUCUGGGACUGUGGGGAGUCUGCACUCAAAAAGUUCGAUCACAUGCUGCCGGCUUGCAAGGAGAAAACAGAUGCUUUCCUCUUCCUGUUCUCCUUCACCGACCGUGCCUCCUUUGAAGACCUCCCUGGACAGCUGGCCCGAAUAGCAGGCGAGGCCCCUGGUGUUGUCAGGAUGGUCAUCGGCUCCAAAUUUGACCAGUACAUGCACACGGAUGUGCCCGAGCGGGACCUCACAGCCUUCCGGCAAGCCUGGGACCUGCCCCUCCUGCGGGUGAAGAGUGUGCCGGGGCGGCGGCUGGCAGAUGGGCGCACACUGGAUGGGCGGGCUGGGCUGGCUGACAUUGCCCACGUACUCAAUGGCCUGGCGGAACAGCUGUGGCACCAGGACCAGGUGGCAGCUGGUCUGCUCCCCAACACCUCCGAGAACACCCCCAGCUGAUCCCUACUGCCAACCCUCAGCUGACCCAAGGCAGAGGGCAGCACCCAGGUCCUCAGGCUGAGGCAGGAAUAUUGAUAUCAACCUGAGGACUGGCCAGAGGGGCCUGUCGUGAGGAUGGUGCCCCGAGAAGCAGCCUCCUGCCCCAGCAGUACCUUCCUUGCAGAAUUCAUGGCAGUGAGAUGGGGGCACAAGGUUCUGUGGGUCAGUGGGCUGAGGGCAUCUGGAUGCCCCCUGGCCUUCUCCCUCUGACCUGGGGCGUCUAGGCUCUGGAAGCUGAGGAAGUGUGGGGGCAGGGCCCCAGGGCUCAAGCUUCUCCCCCAACGGCCUGCUGUCCUCCCCCUUUCUGCAGCACCCAGCGAGGGUGACUGGGAAGAGGGGGUGUCCCAGCCAGGCCCUGGACCUCAAGUGACUUCAAUCAAGAGCCUAUAUUAGUUGAGGUAACACCAUCUGCUGUACCAGAUAAACCCUGAAAUCGCGGUGGCUUAACUCUUUGGAAGUUUUUUCCUUGCUCUGUCUCACCGCAGGUGGAAGUGAAAGGUGGGUCUGGGGGCUCUGCUGAAUGAACUCAUGCAGAGACCCUGAAUCUGAGGUCUUUGACACAUGGCUUCCUGGUUUGCCCUGGGACAUCAACAUCAGUCAGCCGACUGGGAAUGAAUGCAAGUGGAAGGUUACCUAGGAGGUUUCCAUGGACCUGGCCCCGGCAGUGUGCUUUACUUCUGCCCACCUUCCAUUGGCCAACACAUAGUCACAUGGUUAUAUGGAGCUGCAGGGCAUGCUGGGAAAUGUAGUCCACCAUCAUGUUCAGGGGGUGGGCCCUCUCUGUGCAGUACCUUUCUCCAUCGUGGUGUCAGGCUAGGCUUAGGACAGGGGCCCCACCAACCUGGGGAAUCAGAAAGCUCACUACACAGCACCAGGGACUGGAUCAGGUGGAGUCAGGGAGUGAGUUGCCCUGUUGGGCAACUCCGCCCUGGGGAAAGCCAGCAAGGGUAGGUGCAGGAAAGUGAGUGAGCUUGCGCAUUCUUGUGUCUCACCCCUGCCCCAUCUUCCAGACACCGAUGAAAGGCUAAAGUAGGGCGGGGGCGGGAGGGGGGCUGGUGCUGAUGAAGAGGGUCUUUAUGCGUUCUGACACCCCUGAUGGUGGGCCAAGGCCUGGCCCGAGUCUGAGCCAGCUGGAAGGGCCUGGGGGCGCAGGUAUGUGACCCCAAACGCCAGCUGACCCUUGGAGCCCCCUCUUGAGAAGUCAGCACCAGCAGCUCUGUACACCCCAUCCUCAACAUGCAUGAUUACAUACCAACACUUGUUCUAAAACGCUGUCCUCCACACAUUUACACACCCCCUGCUGGCAUCUCUCACUCCUGGGCACCCUGAUUGCCUGCAUGGCGUUUACCAUGCCUGCCACCUGGGCACUACCCAUGGGUUUGUCACCCCUUCCAGGGCCUAAAGGACUGAUUUUAGCACCUUCUUACCCCCAGCUCUGGUUCAGAGCUGAGAUCUGAGCUUAUCCCAUACCCCAGAGGAGGAAUGUCCCUGGGCAGGACCCCAUGCCUCACAGUGGCACAGCUGGUAGGCCGGCUCCACUCCUGGGCCAUACAUCUUUCCACUGUAAGCUUCAGCUCUGCUCCCAGUCAGUGGGUUCAGCCCGUUUUUCUCUGUUCUUAGCUCGAGUAGAUCUUACCCCAGCAGGCAACAGCAACGCUUGGGAGUGGGACCCCGUGAAGGUAGCCUCUGGGCCUGAAUGUGACCCCCCCACCCCCAGCUACAGGUGCCUGUGUUGUGAGCACCAGCUACCCCACGUCCAGCCAGUUAUCUCUGGGUCUGAAGCUCCCCCAGAAAGGAACCUUCUGCAUCCUUCUUGGGCACCAGCUCUGCACCAGCAGGCCAGUUUUCUCCUGGUUAGCCCUGCUCCAGUCAGAGAAUCACCCUGUCACCCUCCUUCACCCCAAACCAAGAAGUGAGCAAUUCCCUUUGCUGUUUUCCUGUGUAAGGGCAAGGUAGGGAGGGUGGUGGGACUGGGACUUGGAGCCCAGCCACCUGCCAUCCCAGCCCCCACUUUCUCAGCCCCUGCGAGCCCUGCCCCUAUGCCAUUUCAGCCUACUGCUCCACGGUAGUGCAGAAUGUACUGUAUGGUGACUAACAUAAUGUAAUAAUAAAAAAAAACACAUUAAAAAAAAAAAGAACUGGGAGCCCGAGGGAGGAAGGAACUGCAAAUCAUUACUGUAAUGGCCAGUGGCUGGGACUGGGCAGGGUCACGUGGAGAAGUGAGGAGCGUGUGUAGACACACACGUGUGGGUUCAGGCCAGCUUCGUGGGCCUGCCAUGUGGGCAGUCCACAGGGUCCCACACUCAGAGGGGCCUUCCCACCUGGCUUAAUGUCUGCUGUUGCCAUCUUGAAACUCUGGACACCACAAAUUAUGCGGCAGGUCGUGUGUGUGUUGUCCAGGGAGAGGGUCUGGGCUCCAGAUAAAGCUCCCUCCCCUCUCAGGGCUCGGAGACAGAGGCCGCUUCAGUGAAGUGUCACAAGGCCACCAAGAAGUUGCCUUCUCCCCACUCUGGUGCCAAAAAUUCCACCAUUAGAUCACAACAGCUCAAAGGCAAAUACCUCUCCACUCACCCCUGAGGCUCCCUGGAAGGAAGGGGUAGUGACUAUGCCCCCAGACUGAUUCAGGGGUGGACCCUGACUUAGAAGGACCUUUGGGAAAAGGGUAGUCAUGUUUGCUGCUCAGGGCCCUGGGCCACUGAACUUUGGGGCUCUGGAGGGAAGCCUGUAGGAUGAGGGACCAUCUUCUCCUGAGGUGAGGGUGGGGGUGGGUUGUGCUGUGGCCCAACCCUGCUGCCCAUCUUCCCAGAUUCAGGACUUACUAGCCCCCUCUUUCUUCCCCAAAAGCCUCUCAAGGAGUCCUCUCAAGGGGUUCUCUCAAGGAGACCCCCUUCCCUAGCGAUGGGGAGUGCCGUGGACUGACUGUGUCCCCCCCAGAUUUAUACUUUGAAAUCUGAAUCCCUAAUGCGACGGUAUUAGGGGCCUUUGGGAGGUGAUUAGCUCUUGAGGGCGGAGCCUUAUGCAUGCGAUUAGUGUUCUUAUGAAAGAGACCCCACAGACCUCUGCAGCCCCUUCUACCCAAUGAAGACGCAGUAAGUGCAGGCUAUAAACUAGGAAGAGGGCCCUCAAGGACCUGCUGGUGCCUUGACCUUGGACUUGCCACCUUCAGAGCUGUGAGAUACAGAUUUCUGUUUUUUAUAAACCACCAGUCUGUGGUAUUCUGCUAUAGCAGCCUUAACAGACUUAGAGAAACUGAGGUCCAGAGAGGGACAGGCAUUUGCCCAAGGCUGCAGAGUCAGGAAGCAGCUCUGAUGCUCUCAGCCCUAGGCACUCCCUCCCUUGAACCAUCCCUCCCCCCCAUCCCCUAAUGCUGUCUUGGGGUCCAGCCCCUCACAGGCCCUCUCCUAGUCCUCCCAGCUUUUCCAGCUGAGAAGCCUGGAGCUGCCUGUAGGAGGGAGAAAUGCAGUGCUGGCACCUCCUUCCUCCCUUUCCUUCCCUUUUUCUCCAUCCCUCUCCCUUCCCAGGCCAUGCUGAGCUGUCAGUGAAAAGUUCCUCCCUGCUGCCAGCCAAAUCUGGCUGGCCUCCUGGGCAACUGGGAGGACCCCUGGCAAGGAACCUGUCCCCAGGAUAAGGAAAGGGAUGUGGGAACCCACCGGCAAAGGCUGCUGGGUGGGCUCCCAGGGCCCAGGCUGCGUCUAGGGUGGGGGUGGGGCAUCCUCUCUUGCCGCAGAUCUUCUUACUCCGUGGGCAGCCUGGUGCCAGCUGUGAUCCCCAUGUGCCUGGCACAGGCUUGGUGGGGAGGGGAAGUGCCCAGAUGGAGGCAGGAGGCUCAGGGGACAGACAAGUUGGAGCUUCGAGGAGCCAAAUUCCCAGAGGGCCAAGCUGGGGGGGGGGGUAGAGGUUCUUCUCUCCCUGUGACCUCAGACCCAGAGGCUGGGGCAGUGGGGGUGGGGGAAGCUGAAGCUGGCUUUCAACUCUAUUCUAGAAAAUAGGGGUAGAUCCUGGGAGCAAAGAUGACAGACUGAGGCUGGGGGUAGGGAGGGGGUCCAGAAGGAAGGUGAAGGAGAGCCAGGACCUUGGGCCAUUCACUUGAAUUCCUGUGUAAAAUGAAGAUAACGGCACCCACAUCUUUGACUUGUAAGUCAAUGUGUGUAUUUAAGAUGUUCAGCACUGCACCAGGCACCAAGUGAAGGGCUCAGUAAAUGUCGGCUGUUAUCUGCCA